CGCGAGGGGGGGGGGAUGAGCGUCCUGCUCCCCAACAUGGCGGACUUCGACACCAUCUACGAACUGGAGGAGGAAGAGGAGGCGGCGGAGGCGGAGGCGGCGGACCAAGAGGAGCUAACGGAGGCCUCCCGGACUGUGGUGAGGAGUCAGGAGCUGCCGCGGCCCCGGGACGUGCCCGAACCCGUGGCUGUGAGGGGCGCCGGGCAGAUCACUGUGUUUGGCUUGAGCAACAGAUUUGACACAGAAUUUCCCUCUGUUCUGACAGGGAAGGUUGCCCCUGAAGAAUUCAAGGCCAGUCUCAGCCACGUGAAUGCGUGCUUAAGGAAGAAUCUGCCCAUCACUGUAAAAUGGCUCCUCUGUGGCUGUUUGUGCUGCUGCUGCACGCUUGGAUGCAGCCUCUGGCCCGCCGUCUGUCUUAAUAAGAGAACAAGAAGAUCUAUUCAGAAGUUGUUAGAAUGGGAAAAUAACAGAUUAUAUCAUAAGCUUGGCUUGCAUUGGAAGUUGAGUAAACGGAAAUGCGAAACUAGCAAUAUGAUGGAAUAUGUAAUACUCAUAGAAUACUUACCAAAAUACCCUAUAUUUCGACCUGACUGAGGAGCAGUGUUACCUUUCAAUGUUAUCUGUCACAUCCUACCUGUAGUGCCUUGUAAGGGAUAUUGAAGAGAAGAUUAUCUACUUUGCUCUGAUAUUGUUUUUGAAAAAGUGUUCAUCAGUAGAAUAUCUUCAUUGCUGUGUUACUUUUUUGUUAAAGAAAAAAAACUGCACUUUCUAAAAAGGUUUGUUUGUGCACUCCCGAGGCAUAAUAUACUUGAUGAACAUGGUCACUAUGGAGAUAAUCUUAUAUCAGUGCUGCUUGUAGUCUUGUUCUGACAUGCUGCCUUAUUCAUUUCCAAAACCCCAUAUGGCAAACACACUCCCUGGAUCUAUGUAACCAGUAUUCUCCAGGUGUGCUGACAGGGACGUCUGGAAGUUGUAGUCUGACACAUCUGGAAGGCACCAAGAAGGGAGGAAAAAUUGCAUCUUCGGGCACUUUGAAUUCUUGAUAGGAAUGAUCAAGGUUAGCAUACAGUAAUUAAUAUCCUACGUAUCUGUAUUGAUGAUCUGCUUCGCCCUAGAUUAACAACCAACAGCAAUGCAAUCGUCUUUCAUUUGCAAAGUUGCUCAUUUUCCUUUCUCUUUGCUAGGGGGUGGGGGGAGGAGAAGGGUUGGGUGUGUAAAUAUUAGCUCAUUGUAUAAUAUAAAGUGUGGUAUUAUGCCAAGGUUUACGAAUUGUGAUGUAAUGCCAAUGGCUUUGCAUAGAUUUGUUACGAUUGAUGUUGUGCGUAUCUUUUGGAUUGUAUUGGCCAUUUAUGUGCCACGCGGUGAAGCCAUGAGGGCUUUGUAGAUGCUACUGAAAGUUGGACUCAGGUGUGGUUUGUUAGGCAAAUGUAAAGAUGCAUUAUAAUUCUUGCUCCAUGAAAUUGCUAGUAAAAAAAAUUAAAGAUGCCAUCCCUUGAAUUUAUAUGUGACACAAAGACCCCAAAGCGCAUAAGAGCCCCUGGCUUAAGCACAACUGGCUUCUAAGCAAUUAUGCCAGAAACUGGCAGAAAUUCAAAGGAAGCUGGGGAUCUGACAUUGGGACCCCUAUAAUUGAUGGAAGGCGAUAUUUUUUUAAUGACUUGGUGACCUACAUUUUCAUGUUAGUCUAUCAGUUUGUCUAACCCUGGCAACUUGUGUGGAAGUCCACACAUCUUCAAGUUGCCAAGAUUGAGAAACACUGGUCUGUCUAUCUGAUGUUUAGAUCAUUUCCAUGUCUCUGCUCUUAAUAUCACAUUUCUUUCAAAUAUGUCAGGCUGCAGUUCCUUUUAACAUUAGUAAGAUUGGACCCAGCCCUGCAGUUUCACAAAGUAAAGUAUUAUACCAAAAUCUGCAUGAAAGUAUUUCUGAAAUAGCAGGAAACUAAAACCUGCUCUCAAGGUCACUAUUUUGAGAUCCUCCCAUUUUAAGGCUGUGUGCCAAUAGCUUCUCAUCUGGGUGCCUUUCCUGCUGUUUGGUUAUAAUUAAGAGAUUAUAGAAGUAAAUUAGUUAGGGUAGAGUUUUAGAAAUCAAGAACCACAAAAUUCAUCUGAGAUAUUGUACAUCUGCUUGACUCAUGUUCUCGGUUUAGAUACUGUAGUUCUUUCAGUCGGUGCUUUUUAACAAUUAUGUAGCUAAAACCUUAGGGAAUUGAGAAUAUUUGUGAUUUCAGUUGUUUGCGUUUGCAAACCCUGGAAUAAGCAAGUUUAGUUUGACGGGUAUCAAGAUCUGUGCAUUAAAGCUCCACUAUAAAUAAGCACCUUCCCAUUAAUUCAGCUGCAAUACAUGCAUCUUUCCUGUAACUUUGUACAUCAUGCAUGCACAGAAUUGCCCAUCAAAUUAGGUAAAUGGGGAAGCCUCUGCUGGGUGCAUGCAUCACAAAAUACCCAUGGAAAUAUCACCUCAAAGACUUUAUUAGCAUGUUAUAAAUUCAACACAUUUGCCAGUUUGCAAACUGGGUGGUUCUUUUCUUCUCCAAGCUCCAGAGGAAAUGUCUUCUGUGAGAACUGUAGAAUAAUUAAAGAAAAAAAACAAUCAUCCAUAGACCUUUUUGGCUGCAUACCUUGGAUUGUAAGGCUUGUAGACUUGUAAGAGAGUUGAAGAGCAACACAAACUUUCCUAAGACAAUAUGACGCAUGGUGAAGUUGAGCCUGUUCUUUCACAAACAGUGUUAAAAGUCCUGCCUUGCUGAAAAAGUUACUCUAGCAUGUGUUACUUAUGUUGUUGUUACUGAGUUAUGUUGUAUAGUAUACCUCCUCCAGUUAGGUUGUUACUGAGGCAAGAGCAGCUUCAUUUGAGUGUUAUCCCACAGAUCACCCUUUCCCUCCUCCUAGCAAAGUCUCCUUGGACAGAUCUUCAGCACUUUCUGAAAACCCCUUGCGCCUUCCAAGCCAGGUUUGCCUGGAGAUUUUAUGUCCAUAUUCUUUUAAACAUUGUGCCAAGAAACAUUAUGGCUUUUCCGAUCUUAUCAGUGUCUAAAUGCAACACUUAAUACCUCCUAAUCCAGAUGUAGGAAUUAUCUGUCUCCACCAUGACCAUCCUUCCCAGCAUACUAGGUGGAAGCAGCUUCCUUGGCAUGAAUGGGACUGACUUCCAGCUCAACUUUUCUUUGUGGAAUUAAUUAUGUAGUAAAAAUACUUCCCGUUUUUACACUCUGUAGAAUCCCAGUCUUUGUUUGUUAAAGGGGCCAUACUUGCAUCUUUUCUCAGGUAUGCAAGUGCCAAAUAAGAUGUGUCUAAUACAGCAAAUGUGGCUCAGUGUUGUUGGUUGAUCAUAAAUGGUUAACGUGUUGUGACACUUUUACUGUUUCCCAAACUCUCUGCUUUGGGCAAAUCUAGCUUCAAAGGCCUUCACAGUACAAUUGGGGGCUUUUUUAGGAAGUGUAAAUUCCCCAUGCCUGCCUCAGGAUUCAUUAGCAGUGGAAUAUGGGAAACAGAUCCUUUCACUUUGCCCUAAGCUACAAGAAGUGACGAAAAGCUGCUGUUUGUUCCUGUAGCUCUUGAGAUGUCAUAUCAAAUGGUCUGUAUAUGAAGUUCUGACAGUCUUCUGUGUUGACCAUGGCUGUAGAUUAUAUAAACGUAAACGCCUGUAAAAUAAGAGCAGUGGUUGCCUUCAAGGUAAAUAACAUCUGAGCCCAAUUCCUGAAGAGGCAAAUUUAUUUUAAGAAUUCUGUAAUUCUGUCUUGAAAAAUGCAUUCAGAAUUUGGGGAGCUUGUAGAAAAUUUGGAAAUACAGCUCCUUAUUUUCUCCCAUGGCUUUGUGCCAAUUCUUCUUUAACGAAGCUCAGCAGUCCAGCUUAUAAUUACUUCUUUCUUCCAUGAUGCUCUCAAGACGGCGCUUAGGCUAUUUGAAAUCCCUUCUUUUUAUUUUGUAGGCUUCUAGUGAGGGAGGGGUGGAGAAAAUGUCUGGAAUUGUUCAAACAAAGCAAAGAACAUAGAGUAUUGAAUUCAUUUUUAGAUUGUAUUUCUUUGACAGAAUGGAAAACCCCAAGCAGUGAGUCUUGACUUUAUAUCUUUGAUUCCUAAGAAAUUUAGAGUUCAUUAUAAAAUGUCACAGGGUUUAUUAUCAUAUGCAUAAAUGCUCUCCCCCUCCCCCAAAAAAUGGUUUGCAGAGAAGUGGGUUACUACAUUAAUGCUUUCUUCUAAUUUAUUCCGUCCUAUAUACAAAGAUUGUUAAUGUAGAAUGUUUAUGGGUAUAACAUUCCACAUGUUUUGUGUGAUGAGUAGAUUGGUAAUUAAUUUUACCUAUUGUGCAAAAU